UUUUUGCAAACAGCUCGUAGUUUGUGUUUUUCCGCAAAGUUUUCCACAAUUUCCGCACUCCUUGGCGCUCCAGAGUAAACAAAAAACGAUUUGCGCUCAAUCCGGCGGCCACCUGCAGACCGUCGACGAACCAGAAUCCCCGAAAGCUUGCAGAACCGCAAUAGGCCAGCCAAGAUGCCCGUGAAGAACGGAGAAUCCGAUGGCGAAGGCGACGUUUCUGGCGGAGAAUCGGAGCACUCGAACUCCAGCCAGGCACACGACACCUCCGACGAGGAGGAGGCCAACGAGUGCGACUCGGACGACUCCUCGGAGCUGGAUGCCAGCGAGAUCGAACGCAGGCGGGCGGAGCACCAGGAGGAUUUGAAUAGCCUGGAGCGGCAGUUCAACAUAUUGCGGGAGCAGUACUACUUCGAGCGCAUCAAUCUCAUCGAACGACAGCUGGCCGAGGUGCGCUCCGGCCGUUCCGAGGAGUUUGUGCAGCCGCAAAAGGAGCUGGACAAGGUCUAUCGCACCCGGAUCGAGGUGGCGGACGUCCUGCGCAAGUACCGCCUGCAGAACAUCGAGCACAAGUUCCAGUCCGAGGAGCAGGCAGCCGUCCAGCACUUUGAGAGCGAGAAACACAUGGCACUGGACAAUCUGCGCGAUGAGUUCGUGGACCGCAUCCGCCGCCUGGAGGAGGACCGCCACAACGUGGACAUCUCGUGGGCCGACUGGGGCUCCGACAAGCGGCAGAGCAAGGUGCGCGGACCGGGUCGCAAGAAGGCGGUGACCGUCACAGGGCCCUAUGUGGUGUACAUGCUGCGCGAGGAGGACAUCAUGGAGGACUGGACGAUCAUACGCAAGGCCCUCAAGCGAUCCUCCUCGUCGGCCACCGCCGGAACAGUCACGCCCACAUCCGGCGUGGGCGUCGGCGUCAGCCUGGCCGGACUGCCGGCAAUGGCCGGGGCCAGCGGAUAGCGAUGGGGCGUGGCAGCUGCCUACGCCCACCUGACGCGUACCUGACGGCCGCGGCCGAGGAAGCAGCAGCCGUAGACGUAGUUGUAGCAGAGCUCCCCCAGAGCCCGAACCAGACUUAUUAAACUUACGUGGCUGAGUUCGGCCCCUCACCUUCUUCCUCUAGAUGUUAGUUGUAGAGCCUUGCGCGCACCACUCUCAGAUUAAUGCCCCCAUCCGGACGAUGUAAUUUAUGUUAAACGUUAAGUGCUAAAUAAAAGAGAACUGCAGCCAAGUGGAUGUGCGGUCAACAGAAAUUAA